GGGGCGGGGGCUGCGCGGGCCCGUGGGGCGCUGGGGCCCCCGCCGCGGGGGCGGACGUGGGGCGGGGGACCCCUCGCAGCCACUCAGAGCAGCGACGUGGUCGCCGAGUGGGCGGGGCGGGCCAGCCUGGCACCGCCCCUGAGGCCGGGAGAAAGAGAACACCCCCUUGUCCCCGCCGCCCCCGCGCGCGUGGGGGAGCGCAUUCUGGCUGCCCGCGGGUGGCGGGAGACGGGGGCUGGGUGGGGGGCGCACGGCCCUUACCCCCCCCCUCACCCCGGGCCCCCUGCCUCGGCCGGGGGGAACGGGGGCACAGUGCGGCCGGGCUGUUGGAGUCCGGGCGCCCCGGCGCCCCGGCGCCCCAGCCUGGCUUUUUUUUUUUUUUAAGUUAUUACGGAAACAUGAAUGUCGGGAAGCUAGCUCCCAGCCCGGAGCUUGAACUUGAACGCCUGCUGGCCCUCGCACACGACCACACCGCCACCUCCCGGCCGGGAACCCAGAUAAUGCACGUACCCAGCCGUGAACAAGAGAAACUGAAAAGGACAUCGAUCUUCACCAAAUCAUUGACAGAAGCGGGGUCCGUGCCGUGGCAUCAGCCUCCCGGUUGCCCGUGGAUCCCUCUCCCGUCCUCUGCUGAGCACCCCCAGCCCUCAAGGUGGCCUGGACCACGUGGAAAGCGCUGGCUCUCCAGCCACAGUCGUCAUUCGUGUGAUCACACAUCUGACUUUGUGCCUCCCGUGCUCAACACCCUUCACUGGCUCCCCAUUUCCAUCUGCGUGUGGUCCCCAAUCCGUAACUCGGUGUGUGACACAGCCCCUGGCGGGUCAGAACCUGUAACGUCACCCCUCGCCAGGCUCCUUGAUGCACAGCUUCGUUUUCUCCAGACUGUUAAUCGUCCGGGUGUGAAUCAGUACUUGGGAGAAAGGUGCUUGGCGGUGCCCGGAGAGGCUGACCCACGGCCCCGGGUCGCCGAGCAGCUGGCAAGUGUGUCUGCGAAGCGCGGGGAGGGGUGGGGGUGGCGGGCGGAGACGCACAGGUGCCACCCCAACAGCCGCCAGCCCGCCGGGAGCGGGUGAUGGAGGAGCGCAGCGAGGAGGAGACGCUUGGAUGUGGGUGGACCCCACCCCCGACGGGCGACCAGCACCGCAGGGUCACAUCUCUGCAAGUGACAGAAUCGGGUGCAUAAUUACGUCGUGACAGGCCGAAGGGAAGCCAGAAGGUGGUGGCCGGGAGCCGAAGCGCGGGGCUCUGCGGGUGGGGGUGGGGGGGCCGGGGAGGGGCGCGGGAUGCUCCUUCCGGCGGUUCCGCGCUCAGUCGCGAGUCUCA